AUGGACCAGAAAGCAUGGGGAGUCUGGAUUUGGAAGCUCUCGAUGGAGCUAGGUCCGCGAGGCGGGUGGCUUUAUCAGCCUCAGGGCUCAUUGGCCCACCGCGCGCCCACCCAUGAGGUGGCUCUUCGUCUGCGCACACCCCCUCCGCCGCCCGCCAGCGCCGGCCCCCGGUCUGCCCCGUCGUCUCAAGCGUGCCGCGGACGUUAUCCGCCGAAGAUGUCCAGGGACGCUGUCCGCCGGCGAGUGCAGCGUCCCGAGAAUGCGCAGGUGUCCCCAUCCUUAUUGUUGGGAUCCUCAACUCCCGACGGGCCGGGCCCCAAAGGUCUGGCAUCACCGCAAGCCCAACGGAAGUCUCUGCCAGCGACAAGUGGACCCUCUCUCGGACCACAACCAGUGUGGAGAUCCAAGCAGACAGCGGUCAAAACGGGGACGUGCGGAUAUGGACAAGCAGUCCAGCUAUCUGCGAUGAGGUACCACAGAACCGCGAUUAAAGGGGCGGGUUAUUUUUGCGGAGCGGUCGCUAUCGCACACAACAACUUAACUGCUGCCAGACAGCAGCUUAUAUCGGCCAUACAAGACGGACGGCGGUGGUUUUCAGCCCUUUCAGAGCUUCGCCACUGCCUGAGAACGGAGGCUCCAGGUUACGGCCCUGAAGGCUUAACGUGU